AUGUCGUCUGAUGUUAUUCUCCAUAUGCCAGUGACUUCACGUGUGCGACGAGGACGAAUCUAUCCAAGUAAAACAGUCUCAUAUUAUGGUUCAUGUUGGACAUAUAAAUCUUGGUGUGUGGUUGUUGCUGUUGUUACGUUUAUUUCCGUUUUAGCUGGUUUACAUAUUGGCUGGGACUUUCCUAUACUUGUGCAACAUGGUCAUAUAUAUUUUCCAAUUCUCUUUAUUCUUACACUCUUUUAUACAAUAUCAAAUUAUUUAUUUGCAUGUUUACAUGAUCCUGGUGUUGUUCCACGACCAAAUGCUGAUGAAGUUCUUCAAACAGAAAAAGAAAAUAACAUUCAAACUGAUUUAAAUGGAAAUUAUUUUCCAUCAAUUCCAUUACCACGAACAAUUCUUGUCCGAAAUUUUCCAUAUUCAUCACCUUAUUGUUAUACAUGUCGAGUUUAUCGUUUACCACGUGUUUCACAUUGUUCAAUAUGUAAUGUUUGUGUUCAAAAUUUUGAUCAUCAUUGUCCAUGGAUUAAUAAUUGUGUUGGCUUAUUAAACUAUCGUUAUUUUUGUAAUUUUAUUCUUUCAUGUUCAAUACUAUGUUUAAUUGGUUUAGCUGGUUGUGGAGUAGCAGCAUAUCUUCGAUGGGAUAUAUAUAAAAAUGAUCCAGGACUUUAUUUUGCUUAUAAUAUUCCUAGUUUUUUUAUUGGUUUUAUUUCAUUUGUACUGUUAUUUACAUUAGCAUCAUUUUGGUGCUAUCAUUUUGGAUUAGCAAUGAGUGGUGCAACAACAAGAGAAGAUAUUAAACUUCAACGGCAUUCAAAACAAAUUGGCAUUCCUCGAGGUUCAAGAUGGAAAAAUUUAAUUGUUUCAUGGUGUGGUCCAUUACAACCAUCAGUUAAUUGGAGUGAAUUAUAUGAUAAAGAUCAUUAUGAAAAUCAAGAAUCAAUUUAUAAAAGUUUACGUCCAACAUUAUUAAGUAAUACAUUGAUUGUACCAACGCUAAAAAUUCGAGAACAUAUUCGAAAUUUAACAAUGAAUAAUCAUUUGGGUUUAAAACAACAAGUUGAAGCAUUUCAUCGAACUACUGGAAAAACAACAAAUAUAUCCGAACGUUCAUCAUCAUUAUUUUCUGUUGAUACAAAUAAUUGUCUUCAAACAUAUGUUAUUGCAAUAAAAAAUAUUGGAAAUUAUCACAUCGAUGCUCGAUAUUUAUUAAUAGAAGGUGUUUAUCGAAAAAAUAUUUCAACAUUUUGGGAUAUAAUAUGGUCACGGAAUAUAUCAUCAAUUGUUAUGCUUUAUGAACUAAAAGAAAAUAAUCUUUUGAUUCAAUAUUGGCCAAAUGAAUCGAAUCCUUCAAUGACAAUUGAUGAUAAAUAUCAAAUUGCUUUUAUUCGAAGAAUACAACGGCUGGAUAUUGAAACAUUUCAAUUUACAAUUCAAAAAAUUGGUGAAAAUGAAAUUCGUCAUAUUGAACAUUUUCAAGUCAAAGGUUGGACCGAGACAAUGUUUACAACCGAUCCAAUUACUUUAUUACGUCUUCAAUAUUAUAUUAGUCAAAAACAUUUAGAAGAAGAUCAUAAUGAAAAUCUAGGAACUAUUGCUAUUCAUUGUUGUGACAUUAAUGCACGAGCUGUUGCUUAUAUGACAAUCGAUAUCAAUCGAUGUUUAUUGAUAUCGUAUGGUUUUAUGAAUGUUUUAAAUACAAUAACACAAUUAAAUGAACAAUUACCAACUUGUUUAAUGAAUGAAUUUAUGUUAAUUGUUAUUUAUACAACUAUACUACAUCUUUCAUCAUGGAUUUAUUCACCUGAUAUAACAACAUUACAAGCAUUAGAUCAUCAAAUAAAAAAUUUACUUGGUAACAUAUUUGCACGAUUUUAUCAUAAUCCCUUAUCAGAUCAGUUCCAUACAUUCUUUUAUAAUAGUUUAAAAGAACUUGAAGCUAUUAUUUCAUCGAAUUUAGAAAAUCGUUAUUUACCAGCUGUUGUUGAUCAUAAUUUAGUUUAUUUCAUUGAUAGUUAUAUUCAUUCAAAAGUAUUUAUGUUAACAAUUUGUCGUGAUUACAAUAGUAUAUUACGAAUAAUGUCAACGUAUGAAAUCCAACAUUGUUUUUUAUUUCAACAAAACAGUGAACAAAAUAUAGAUUUAAUUGAAAAACAACAAUUAAAACUUGAUAGUAGUUAUCAAUCAAAUGAUUUUCGACGUUAUUAUCAGUCAAAUAUUUGCAUUUAUGAACCAAAUACUUCUAUUCGAAAUAUUCCAUUGUAUAAACUUUCUCGGUCUAUUGUAAAUCUUGAUCAAAAUGAGCACAUACCAAUAUUAGUUUGCAUUGAUAAUAUUCAAGAAGGUGCUAUUAUUUGUCUUAUUGCAAAUUUAAUGGAACAACUAAUGAUUGAUAAUAUAGUUGAUAUUUAUCAUCAAGCAAGAAAAAUUGCAUAUUCAUGUCCAGUUUUUCAAACAGAAGAUGAAUAUAAACAUAUGUAUGAAUGGCUUGCACGAUGGACAACCAAUGAUCUUAAUUAUUAA